CAUCUCCAAAAAUACAAAAAUAUGUAUGCACAGAUUAUUCACUGCAGCCUUGUGCAGAAACCGCUUAAAUAUCCAUCCUUGAGAGAGUGGCUGGAUAAAGUCUAGUACACUCAGGCAGUGGAGUACUACACAGCUGUGAAAAGAAUGACAAAGAUUCCUGUGAGCUGGCAUGGUACGCUUACUAGGAUAUAUUGUGAAGUGAAAAAAAAAAGGCAAAAUGUAGAAGACUGUCAAUAGGAUGCUACCUUUUACAGAAAAGGAAAUCAGGAAUCAUGCAUGUAUUUUCUCAACAGUGCAAAAGGAAAUAAAGGAUAAACUAGAAACUAAUGAGAGGCUCCUGGGUGGCUCAGUUGUUAAGCGUCUGCCUUCGGCUCAGGUCCUGAUCUCAGGGUCCUGAGAUUGAGCCCUGCAUCAGGCUCCCUGCUCAACGAGGAGCCUGCUUCUCCCUCUCUCACUCCCCUUGCUUGUGUUCCUUCUCUCGCUGUGUCUUUCUCUGUCAAAUAAAUAAAUAAAAUCUUAAAAAAAAAAAAAAGCCUGCUAGGAUUUAAAAAAAAAAUAGAAACUAAUGAGAUAGAAACAAGGAGUAGGUAGAAUGAGUUGGAAAGGCUGGGGAAAUGAGAACAGGACAGAAUGGAGGGUAGGGAGAGGGGAGUGACUUUUCCUGGUAAGUGUUUGUAUAUAGUUCGGACUUUUAGCAACCAUCAUAGUGAUUCACUUACUGAGGAUAGAUAGAUAAAUAAAAUCAACAAGGAUGGGAAAGGGAAUGCAAUAUGGGGUAUGUAUGAGUCAGGGUCACAUCAGGAAGUAGAAAUCAGGCAGUCAUUUGAACAGGGAAAUUUAAUAUAAACUCUCACAGGGGAGUAACUGUAAAGGUGUACAGAGAACUCUAAAGAACGCUCUAACGCGGAGACGGAGAGCCUAAGGAAUGAACAAACUUGGAAGGGUCCUCUCCCCGAGGAUGAGAUUCUGAUCUCACUGGAGAGGGUGUGGUAGAUGGAGACAUUCAGUGAAUGCUAAAAAUUAGGGGGUUGCCUGGGCCAGAGCUCCUGCGCAGCCACCAAGCAGGCAGGAACUACCCUUCCGGGGUGCAGGCCGGCAGAAGCCGGCAGGAAGGAAUCACAGCUGGGCCUGGCAAGCCAAAAAGCAUUCCCCUGGGGUAGAUGUGGCCAAGACAACAGACAGGCACACAAAAGGGCUUGGGGUACUGGAAGCCCGCUCACCAGAAGAGCAGCAUAAGUGUGUGAUGUCCACGGUGGGAGCGCCACAGUGAGGUGGUUACUGGACGGGGGCCAAGGCUGUGAGCUCACCAAGCGACUAUGUGCUCUGGACAAGCCAAUGGGGCGGAGCAGCCCUGGAUUUUCCCACACACUGCUGGCAGCCACGUGGUAGGAGUGAGAGGCCAACAAAACAGUAGUGCACUAGAACCGGGAAGAGAAGCGCCUGUCCCCUAUAACGCCCGCCCCCCGCCCCAGUGCCUUUCACUGGUAAAUCACAACGUCUUGCUCUCUGUGGAGGAGGAACACUUAAUUUCCAGCCCCAUUACUGCAGAGUAGGUCACAAAGGGUGAAUCUGGGUGAGGGGCAAAACGUUAGUAGAACAGGCAGAGAAGAUAAACUAAUCCACCUCACUACAUAAUAACAAAUUAAGAACAGAACCGCACAGAAAGGAGAGGAGAAACCCAAAGCAAUGAGUGCCCAGAUCUGGGUUUCCAAAUACUGUUCUCCAACAAAAGGAACCAGGGCUUUUCGGAGAAAUGGUCAUGCAUGGCUAGGCAGAGAAAGUACAAAAUGAGCCUGGAACACCUUGUCAUGCCAGAAAAGUGAGUGUUUUAAAACAAAAUGAUGGACUGAGGGUUCUAGAGGGGAGGGGGGUGGGAGGAUGGGUUAGCCUGGUGAUGGGUAUUGAGGAGGGCACGUUCUGCAUGGAGCACUGGGUGUUAUGCACAAACAAUGAAUCAUGGAACACUACAUCUAAAACUAAUGAUGUAAUGUAUGGGGAUUAACAUAACAACAACAACAAAAAUCUUCAAAUAAAUAAAUAAAUAAAUAAACGCAUGGUGUCAGCCACAAACCCAUUAAAAAAAAAAAAGAAUACUGGUUACCAAAACCUGGGGGUUGGGGGAAAUGGGGAGAUAUUGGCCAAAGGGUACAAAUUUCCAGUUAGAAGAUGAGUAAGUUCUAGGGAUCUAAUGCACAACAUUGUGACUAUAUAUAGUUAGAUAUACUAUAUCAUAUGCUUGAAAGUUGCUAAAGAAGGAAGAUCUUAAAUGUUCUAACCACCAAAAAGAAAUGGUAAUUAUGUGACAAGAUGGAGGUAUUAGCUAAAGCUAUGAUAGUGAUUACACUGCAAUAUAUAAAUGUAUCACGUGAACAUGGAACACACCUUAAACUUUGACAAUGUUGUAUGUCAAUUAUACCUCAAUAAAUCUGGAAAAAUAAAAAAAUAAAAUAAAAUAAAAUAAACAAAAUGAUGGGAGGGCAGUGGUGCUGGGAGCCUGGCGGGUUCUGCCCAGUCCUCACAGCCGCCGGGCACCGCCUGCCCACACCCCUCCCGGGACAACCUCUGCGCGGGCACAGCCACCCUCCCUCCCUCUGUUCUUCCUCCCUUCCUUGCACCAUGGAUGAUCAGCUGACUGAAGGACAGACUGCUGAGUUCAAGGAGGCUUUCUCCCUAUUUGACAAAGACGGUGGUGACCAUCACAACAAACGAACCUGGAACCGUCAUGAGGUCACUGGGUCAGAGCCCAGCAGAAGCUGAAUUGCAGGAUAUGAUCAAUGAGGGGAAUGCUGAUGGUCAUGGCACCAUUGACUUCCCAGAGCUUUUGCCUAUGAUGGCUAGAAAAAUGAAAGAUACAGACAGUGAAGAAGAAAUCCGCCAGGCAUUCCAAGUCUUUGACAAGGAUGGCAACAGUUACAUCAGUGCAGCAGAGCUACGUCAUGGCAUGACCAAGUUAGGAGAAAAACUAAUGGAUGAAGAAGAUGAAAUGAUCAGAGAACCAGGUAUUGAUGGAGAUGGACAAGUCAGCUAUGACGAAUUCAUACAGAUGAUGAUUGCCAAACGAAGACCUACUUUCAACUCCUUUUCCUCCUCUAGAAGAAUCUAAUUGAAUCUUGUACUUACCUCUUAAAAAAAAAAAAAAAAGUUCAUUUACUCAUUCUGUUUCUGUAUAGCAAAACUGAAUGUCAAAAGUGCCUUCGGUCCACACACACAAAAUCUGCAUGUAUUAGUUGGUGGUCCUGUGCCCUAAAGGUCAAGCUACACCUCAGUUUUACGAUAUAAACACUUGUACUACCUUAAUGAUAAGGAAGCACUUAGCAGACUCCUUGCAGUUCCAUUUGCUCAUGAGUAAUACACUGUUUGGGCUGGCCAGGUUUUCAUGCAUGCAGCUUGACAACUGAGCACAGUCAGGCAUUUGUAUUAAAAAUAAAAACUGAAAAAACAAAUUUAGGGCGCCUGGGUGGCUCAGUCGUUAAGCGUCUGCCUUCGGCUCAGGUCAUGAUCCCGGGGUCCUGGGAUCGAGCCCCACAUCGGGCUCCCUGCUCGGCAGGAAGCCUGCUUCUCCCUCUCCCACUCCCCCUGCUUGUGUUCCUGCUCUCGCUAUGUCUCUCUCUGUCAGAUAAAUAAAUAAAAAACCUUUAAAAAAAAAAAAACAAAUUUAAAACUUAUUCAAAUUCACAUCCAGUGCAGCUUUGCACAGAAGACUUGGGGUGUGGUUUGUAAGUAUGAUCUGUAAAAUAACUGGGAUGAGUUCCCAUGUAUAUCUGUGUAAAUAGAUUUGUUAACUGAAGUGUACUUUAAGAAAAAAUAAAAUCUGUAAAUAAACUGAUUUAUAAAUUUAAAAAAAAA